AUGGCGUCCAGCCUGCAGCAGAUGGCUGCCACCAUCACGGAGCGCUCCAAGACCCUCAUAAACAACGACCUCAAGAAGAUCCUCAAAGAGGAGGGCACCUCGCAGACGGGCAACAAGGCUGCACUGCAAGCCCGCGUCAUUGGCCUCAUCGCCAAUGCAGUCUCCAGGAGCGAUACGGACCUUUUGCGCCGACUGCAGUACCGCGUCCAACACCACGGAGAGGCGCCUCCGCCAGCCACGACUAGUCCCGUCGCCUCUUCGUACUCGCAGCCGCCUGCGCCCGUUGCCAACGGCUACAGCAUGGCCAAUGGGUACCAAAACAACGCCGCAUACCAGCCCUACCAGCAGCCCCAGCAGCCACCCAUGCCACCCCGACCAACCUACUUCUUCAAGGACAGCCCUUUCUUCGAAAUCCGCGAGCUCGUGCUGAGCAAUAUGUCUUUGGACGCCUCGCCAACUCAUCGUGCCACCAUAUCGCGGAAUCUUACCCUCAACGAGAAUCAGUCGGCACGCCUAAGAGCCGAUUCGUCCCUGCGAUUGCUGCUCUUUUCUGCGCUCGAACAGCCCCUGGCUCCCUACUCACGUCUCGAUAUCGCGUUCCCAUCUCAAAUCGAGGUCAAGGUCAAUGACGAAGAGGUCAAGGCGAACUACAAGGGGCUAAAGAAUAAGCCAGGCUCGACGCGUCCUGCAGACAUUACUGAUUUUGUACGCAUGAAGAUCGCCAACCAGCGUAACAGCAUCCUCAUCACCUACGCCCUGACUCAGAAGGCAAGUCGGUCCGAGAAAUACAACCUGUUUGUCUACUUGGUCAGAAAGUUUUCUGUCGAGGAACUCACAAAACGUAUCAAGCAGCGCAAUGUCAUCACUCGUCAGUCGGUGCUGAACGAAAUGAUGAAAAAGGCCAAUGAUCCGGACAUUGAAGUCGGAUCAAGUGUCAUGUCGCUAAAGGACCCCAUCUCUACCUUGCGCAUCGUCACCCCAUGCAGGUCAACGGUGUGCACGCAUAACCAAUGCUUUGAUGCCGACUCAUUCCUGCAGCUCCAAGAGCAAGCUCCUACAUGGACAUGCCCAAUAUGCAGCAAGACGAUUUCGUAUGAAGCCUUGGCCGUCGAUCAGUACGUCGAGGAGAUUCUGAGCAAGGCUCGGAAUACGGACCAAGUCACCAUCCAGCCAAGUGGAGAAUGGUCUAUCGAAAAGGAUGUGAAGCCCAAACAAAAUGGGCACCAUGACGAUAGUGAUGACGACCUCAUCGAGAUACCAGACUACCGUGUACAGGCCAUCAAAACCGAAGCCGCGCCAACACCCACUUCGCUCAGUACCCCUCCACUGCCUUCUCGGGAGACUUCUACUGCCCCACGGUCUGCACAGAAGAGAAAGUCUGAGGUGGUGGAUCUGACUUUAAGCGAUGACGACGAGCCAGUAAGACCAACGAAAAAGGUAGCGUACACUACCCCCAAUAGCCUUCCUGAUCCGCACCGUCGGUAUCAUUUACCUCCCCUUGGUCACUCCGCUGCCCAUAGUCGUCCACUGCCACCAGUCUACCACAGUGGGUCCCAUAGUGGGUCUCUCAGCAUGCGCUCUGAUUACUCCCGGCCUCCAUCCACACCUCCACCACGGCAUGGGUAUCAAUCCUAUCGACCAGCACAGCCCGCUUCGCGGCCCAGCUAUCCCGGACAGGGUACUUCCUCCUACCCUACCUACCUCGGCUCUUCUUCCCCCUAA